AUGCCAUCGGCGUUCGGCAUCAUUGAUACGGAGGACCGCCGGGAUUUGGUCAGUAGUCAUGGUCAUGGCGGCUUGGGACCACUGGUCAGUUCAGCAGUCACCAGCAGCGGUACUUUCCCAUCCGCACCACGGCUCUCCCACACCCCUACAACGGACUUCCAGCCGCCAUAUUUCCCGCCUCCUUACAACCUGGGUCCCCAACAACCUGUUGACUUCCAUCAUGUGAACGCUGAUCCAUACCCACAUCUAAAUACUUUUCACCCCCAAGGCCCUCAUGGUCAACAACACUAUCAUCAACUUCACACUCCAGAUACCAGAAACGUCCUCAGGCCUCGUGAUGAUCUCCACAAUAUCCACCACCCGGGUUUACCCGGUUCCUAUGACUCCAGGAGACCUGAUUAUCCGGGAAUCCGGCGUCCGGACGUUCUCAUGCCCGGACCCACACAUAUUGGCAUUGACCAGGAUCCUUCCAUUAUCCAUGGUAUUCAUCACCCUACUUCACUACCAAAUCUAGAUGACGGAUCGCCGCAACAUGUGGAAGAUACCAACUCAUAUUUAUCUCCAGACCACAACGGCCUGAUCCGUACAGGUAUACGGCCGCGAAUCGAGCACCCUAAAGACAUCCUAAUCUCCGGUGUUUCCACAGCCCCCACUGACGUCUUCUGCUCAGUCCCGGGACGACUAUCCCUCCUCAGUUCCACCUCCAAAUAUAAGGUGACCGUAGCUGAAGUCCAGCGGCGUCUCUCCCCUCCCGAAUGUCUCAAUGCUUCCCUACUCGGUGGUGUCCUCAGACGAGCUAAGUCGAAAAAUGGUGGAAGAUCUCUUCGCGAGAAAUUGGAAAAGAUUGGCCUAAGUCUUCCGGCGGGAAGAAGGAAAGCGGCUAAUGUUACCUUGCUAACAUCUUUAGUUGAAGGCGAAGCCGUCCGUCUGGCAAGGGAUUAUGGGUAUCUCUGUGAGACGGAGUUUCCAGGCCGGCAAUGCGCCGAAUAUAACUGUCGGCAGUACACAGAGCCAAGUGAGAUCCAGAGCCGGAAGCAAAUGAUCUUGGCUUCAAAACAAAUGCUGAAGGAAUUGACGGAUCUCCUGAAUCAAGACCGUACCCCAUUAGGAAACACAAGACCUCAAAUGAUCCUAGAUCCCAGCAUCCAGAGACACUUGACUCACUUCAGCAUGAUAACUCAUGGAUUUGGCUCCCCUGCUGUAGUAGCCUCCUUGACUGCAGUUCAAAAUUACUUGAACGAAAUGCUCAAGUUUUUGGACAAAAACUAUCCGUCGUCCCAGAACUCACAGUUAUCCUCUGGUGGUCCAUUGGAGUCAUCUGGAAAAACUAAAUCGGAGAACAUGAAAGACGAAAACCGAAAGUGACGCCAUAUUA